GGAACCUGGAGCCCGGAUUCGAUCCGGGUGCGGACAUUCCAAAAGCAGAUUUCAGAAAUGGCAGAAGAUGGCAGUGAGGAGACCAUGUUCAUAUGGUGUGAAGAUUGUAAUCAGUAUCAUGAUUCAGAAUGCCCAGAGCUUGGUCCAGUGGUGACUGUCAAAGAUUCCUUUGUGUUAAGUAGGGCAAGAUCAUCCCUUCCUUCCAACUUGGAGAUUAGGCAACUUGAAGAUGGCACUGAAGGUGUUUUUGCAGUAACUCAGCUGGUCAAACGUACCCAGUUUGGCCCCUUCGAAUCCAAGAGAGUUACCAAAUUGGAAAAGGAGUCAGCAUUUCUUUUGAAGGUUUUUCAGAAAGAUGAGCCUCCAGUGUAUUUUGAUACCUCUAAUGAAGAUUAUUGCAACUGGAUGAUGAUGGUGAGACCAGCCAACCAAUAUGAACAUCAGAACCUGACUGCCUUUCAGCACGAUAAUGAUAUUUACUUCACUACUUCCCGGGACAUCCCACCGGGAACUGAGUUAAGAGUAUGGUAUGCAGCUUUCUACGCCAAAAAAAUGGAAAAACCAGUACUAAAGCAAGUUUCUAGCAUUGCCAAUGAUGUGUGUUUAGUUGUGAUGGAAUGUGACCAAGAAGGAAACAAAAGUACUUCAGAUCCUGGUGUGUUUUCUCUGAAAACGCUCAAGAAUUUCCAGUCUGCUAAAGGUGAAUCUUCAGAACACCUGCGGAGUCACUUGGAGCAAUCCAAAGGAACUCCACGGAACCAUCAAAAUGAUGCCCUUCCCGAGAAGGCUGUGGUGGCUCCCCCUGCAGACCAACCCAUCCCCUGUGAAAGUGCCAAUACCUCUGCGGAUGUGAAGAGAAAACCACGAAGGGGGAGAAAGCCCAAAGUAGCAAAAGUAGAAACUCCUCUUGUGAUUGUGGAUGAUAAAGAACCUUCUGUGGAACAUGUUGCUGAAAUCAUUACGGAGAUUCCACCUGAUGAUACAGCUCUUCCUUCUUCAGCAGAAGAAAGGAUUAUGGAACUGAUGCUAGGGAAGCUGCCCAGUACUGCAAACAGUAUGAAUUCAAUAACAAAGUUUCCUCAUCAUCAGAGUUCUAUGACCUUCAAGAGAAGCUUAAUGCUCUCCAGCAGACAUGGGAUACGGCGCAGGCUGAUCAAGCAACUUGGGGAACACAAGCGAGUCUAUCAGUGUAACAUAUGCAGCAAACUGUUUCAGAACAGCAGCAACCUCAGCAGGCACAUCCGCUCCCAUGGCGACAAGUUGUUCAAAUGUGAGGAAUGUGCUAAGCUUUUCAGCCGAAAAGAGAGCUUGAAGCAGCAUGUUUCGUACAAACACAGUAGGAAUGAGGUUGACAAUGAGUACAGGUACAGGUGUACUAUAUGCGACAAAGCUUUUAGGAUAGAGAGUGCAUUAGAGUUCCACAACUGUAGGACAGAUGACAAGACGUUUCAGUGUGAUAUGUGUUUCAGAUUCUUUUCUACGAACAGCAACCUCUCAAAACACAAAAAGAAACACGGGGACAAGAAAUUUGCCUGUGAAAUCUGCAACAAGUUGUUCUACCGGCGGGAUGUCAUGUUGGAUCACCAGAGGCGACAUCUGGAAGGAGUGAGGCGUGUAAAAAGGGAGGACUUUGAGCACAGUGCAGAGAGCAUGGUCCGCUACAAGAAAGAGCCUUCCGCGUGCCCUGUGUGUGGAAAGAUAUUUUCAUGUAGGAGCAACAUGAACAAGCAUCUCUUAACCCAUGGCGAUAAGAAAUACACCUGUGAGAUUUGUGGCCGUAAAUUCUUCAGGGUAGAUGUGCUGAGAGAUCAUAUUCAUGUUCAUUUUAAGGACAUAGCCAUAAUGGAUGACCACCAGAGGGAAGAGUUCAUUGGAAAAAUCGGCAUCUCUUCAGAGGAAAAUGAUGAAAACUCAGAUGGAAGUGUGGAUUCUGAGCCUCACAAGUAUAGCUGCAAAAGGUGCCAGUUGACGUUUGGCCGAGGAAAAGGGUACUUGAAACACAUCAUGGAAGUUCACAAGGAGAAGGGCUAUGGCUGUAGCAUCUGCAAUAGACGCUUUGCUUUGAAGGCAACUUACCACGCGCACAUGGUCAUUCAUCGGGAGAACCUGCCUGACCCCAAUGUGCAGAAAUAUAUCCAUCCAUGUGAAAUCUGUGGAAGGAUUUUUAACAGCAUAGGGAAUUUAGAACGGCAUAAACUUAUUCAUACAGGUGUAAAAAGCCAUGCCUGUGAACAGUGUGGUAAGUCGUUUGCAAGGAAGGACAUGUUGAAAGAACACAUGAGAGUCCAUGACAAUAUUCGAGAGUAUCUGUGUGCAGAGUGUGGCAAAGGCAUGAAAACAAAACACGCACUGCGCCACCACAUGAAGCUUCAUAAAGGGAUAAAGGAAUAUGAAUGCACCGAGUGUCAUCGGAAAUUUGCGCAGAAAGUCAACAUGCUUAAGCACUACAAAAGGCAUACAGCAGGGAUCAAAGAUUUCAUGUGUGAACUCUGCGGGAAGACCUUCAGCGAGAGGAAUACAAUGGAGACCCAUAAACUAAUUCAUACAGUGGGAAAGCAGUGGACGUGCUCCGUGUGUGAUAAAAAGUAUGUCACGGAUUACAUGCUUCAGAAGCACGUCCAGCUGACUCAUGAUAAGGUGGAAGCCCAGAGUUGUCAGCUCUGUGGAACAAAGGUUUCUACUAGAGCUUCAAUGAGUCGUCACAUGAGACGAAAGCACCCAGAGGUGCUGUCAGUUAGGAUUGAUGACUUGGACCAGCUCUCAGAGACCACGACCGUGGAUGCUUCCUCUAUAGGAAUUGUGCAGCCAGACCUAGCCCUGGAACAGGGAGAGCUACCAGAAGGCAAGCACAUGAAGGCUCAUAAACGAGGCCAUAAACGGAAACCGAAGCCUGGUGAAGAGGAGGAAACCCAAGUGCCUGAGGAUUCUGCCUUCAGUGAAUAUACAGAAAAGGAAGUGGAAUUCACAGGGAAUGUGGGAGAUGAGACCAAUUCAGCUGUGCAAAGCAUUCAGCAGGUGGUUGUAACCCUUGGAGACCCAAAUGUCACCACCCCUUCUAGCUCCGUUGGUCUGACCAAUAUUAGUGUUACUCCAAUCACCACAGCAGCUGGAACCCAGUUUACAAAUCUACAACCUGUGGCUGUAGGCCAUCUUGCCACGCCGGAACGUCAGUUACAGCUAGACAAUUCCAUUCUCACUGUGACCUUUGAUACAGUCACUGGCUCUGCCAUGUUGCACGGUAACCGCCAAAACGAUAUCCAGAUCCAGUCACAGCCAGAGGCAACCAACCCCCAAUCAGUCGCCCAUUUUAUAAACCUGACAACUCUGGUGAACUCCAUCGCUCCAUUAGGGAGCCAGAUAUCAGAACAGCAUCCCUUAACAUGGAGAGCAGUGCCUCAAAGUGAUGUCCUGCAGACUCAGGCCCAGCCAACACAACCGCAGGCAGGGCAGCAACAGGUUCAGACAGAACAGCAGCAGCAGCAGCAGCAGAUGUACAGCUACUAACUUAUACUUCAGAGAAGACACCAAACUGUGAAUGGGCUUGUAGGAGCCUGUGGGACACAUAAGCCAGAUCAAUUGCUGGAAACCAAACAGUGGUGCAAGAAAGAGUUUAUAUAAUGGAAUAUAUGCUGAUACUGGCCCAGCAGCUUGAAAUAAGCCUUGAGAAUCUUGAACGGAAGUCACCCCCUACUCAAAGAAAGUAUGGGUAACAUCAGCUCAUCAUGGUUGACUGGGAGUAGUGACAAUUCUGAGGUCUCAGAGGAGUCAGGACACAUUUGACAAGGGCAGGGGGAGAAGAGAAAUAGUAAAUACAAAUGUAACGUCUUCAAAACUCAUUCAGCAAGAACGUAUUAAGUGUAAAGUUUGCAGUCAGCUAUGAUGCGCUGGACUGGCUGUAGGAUGUGAGAGUUUAAGUGAGCAAAAAAAAAGUUUCUCUUUCUCUUUCUUAGAUCAGUUCUGUAUCUAAUGGAACGUAUGGAAAAAUAAGUGGGUGGCAGUAGGGUGGGAAUAGUCUGUGAUGUGAAAUGUGCCUCAUUUCAUGCAUUGUUUCCAUUAUGGUGAUGGGGGAACCACGCUACCAAUCAGAUGACAUGGGGUGUCACCUGAAAUAGAUAGCCAAUCUGACGUUAAAGCAACAUUUAUGGUCUUCUACCUAGUAAAAUUAAAACUUGAAUCAAGCUUGUUGUGAACUAAAUCCCUAAUGUGAUAAUAGAAUUAUUUACAGAACUGCUUGUUGAUUAAAUAUUAUGUUUAGCUAAUAGGCCUGAAGAGCCAUUCUUCCCAUUGAAAUUGGAUUUGCCACUUGGCUGUUAAUUCACUAAUUAUUCUGUCAUUUCAUAAAUGUUGGGAGGGUGUGGUUAGAAGAGUCAUUCUUCCAUAAUGCCCUUUGUACUAUGUUCUUGAUGAAUGUUUGCCAAUUAAGGGACAUUUUCUAAGUUGACCUCAUGUAUCUUUUCAUUCCUUUAUUUGUAAUAAUUGAUACAUGGAUUCUGCUCAGAAAGAAACAUACAGUGCACAACAUCAUAUUGCCUGGGUGCAAAUAAUAGUGUCAUACCCAUUGUAGAUUAUGUUGACCACAAGGAGGCAUCCUAUGCUAACGCUAAUGAAAAACACUUGAGUACAAAAGGUAGGAAGGUGUAGGACUAUUGUGUUAUCUGAAGAGGGCACCAUUAUAAAUUUUAUUUGCCACAUCUGGCAUUAAAUCCCAAUUCAUUCUAUCUCUUCUGUGGAAUGACUGAGGUUGUAUCCUCAGGAAAUAAAGGAGAACGGCCCAGCAGUUGCUGAACAAGAAUGAAUAAAAGUUUCUCUUGCCUUUGCGAACAGUAAUUCUUGCUAGACAAGCGAUGAAGAAAAUACUUUUGUACAGUUGUGUAUAUAUUCACAGUUACUUUUGACAGUAAAUGGAUGUUGAUAUUGACAA